AUGGUGACAGAGGUCAGAGGAUUCACUGACCCACAGAAGGAGGAUUAUUUCAGUAAGAGAUACAGAGACAAGAAGCAGGCCUUCACCAACUCUGGAGUCAACCUGCUGGCAGAAGAACAAAAAACCUCUCUGAUGCCUAAAGUCUUCAGAGUCAAACCUAAAUUAAACAAUCUCCAUCAGAGUGCUGUGGACAAAGCUUUACAGAGUCCAAAUGGACACCUGGACUUGUUCCUCCGCUUCCUUCUGGGUAUUUCACUGCAGACCAAUCAGAAACACCUAAAAGGUCUGAUGACCUUUGCUGGAAGUAGCUCAGAGACCAAUCGGGGAACAGUUGAGUACAUUAAGACAAAGAUCAGUGAGAAUUUGUCUGCAGAGAGAAGCAUUAAUCUGUUCCACUGUCUGAAUGAACUGAAUGAUGGUUCUCUAGUGGAGCAGAUCCAACAGUCCCUGAGUUCAGGACGUCUGUCCACAGAUAAACUGUCUCCUGCUCAGUGGUCAGCUCUGGUCUUCAUCUUACUGUCAUCAGAAGAAGAUCUGGACGUGUUUGACCUGAAGAAAUACUCUGCUUCAGAGGAGGCUCUUCUGAGGCUGCUGCCAGUGGUCAAAGCCUCCAACAAAGCUCUGUUGAGUGGCUGUAACCUGUCAGAGAGAAGCUGGGAAGCUCUGUCCUCAGUUCUCAGCUCCCAGUCUUCUAGUCUGAGAGAGCUGGACCUGAGUAACAACGACUUGCAGGAUUCAGAAGUGAAGCAUCUGUCCUCUGGACUGAAGAGUCCACACUGCACACUGGAAACUCUCAGACUGAGUGGCUGUGAGCUUUCACAGAGAAGCUGUGAAGCUCUGUCUUCAGUUCUCAGCUCCCAGUCCUCUAGUCUGAGAGAGCUGGACCUGAGUAACAACAACCUGCAGGAUUCAGGAGUGAAGCAACUGUCCUCUGGAUUGAAGAGUACACACUGCAGACUGGAAACUCUCAAGUUGAGUGGCUGUACUUUGUCAGAGAGAAGCUGUGAAGCUCUGCCCUCAAUUGUCAGUUCCCAGUCCUCUAGUCUGAGAGAGCUGGACCUGAGUAACAACGACCUGCAGGAUUCAGGAGUGGAGCUGAUGUCUCCUGGACUGAAGAGUCCACACUGCAGACUGGAAACUCUCAGACUGAGUGGCUGUGACCUUUCAGAGAGAAGCUGUGAAGCUCUGUCCUCAGUUCUCAGCUCCCAGUCCUCUAGUCUGAGAGAGCUGGACCUGAGUAACAACGACUUGCAGGAUUCAGGACUGGAGCUGAUGUCUCCUGGACUGAAAAGUCCACACUGCAGACUGGAAACUCUCAGUUUCUCAGGCUGUAUGAUCUCAGGGAAGGCUGUACUUUUCUGGUGUCAGCUCUGAGCUCCAACCCCUCCCAUCUGAGAGUGCUGGACCUGAGCUACAAUCAUCCAGGAAACUCAGGAGUGAAGCGGAUUUCUGCUUUACUGGAGGAUCCAAACUGCAGACUGGACACU